AUGACACUUGCAUUCGAAUCACCCGAAGAGAAUGCCUUACACCUCCCCGACACUAGUAGGUUCGCGGAUUUCACUAUCAAUUGCGGUGGCUACAGCUGGAAGACCCAUCGAGCUAUCAUUGUCCAAAUUUCGGGCUACUUUGCGAGAAUGUGCCAUGGUGAAUAUAAGGAAGCUGUCAACCAGUCUGUUACUCUGAAAGAAGACGAUCCUCAGAUGGUUGCCAGACUCAUAGUCUUUCUUUACAGCUGGACGUACCCGAUGACUGGCAAGGACGCGAAGAAGUCAGCGGAUAGCGUAAGACGGCUGCUUGCGAGCAAUGAUCAGGCUUACCAGGAUCAAAGCGAGGAUGAGAAUCUACUUACCUUCCACGCAUCCCUCUAUGGUGUUGCAGACAAGUUUGAGUGCGAAUCACUCAAGGAGAACUGCCAAAAAGCUUACAUAAGAGCACUGCAUGGAAGCUUCUCGAUCCCAGACUUCAUCAGCUCCAUCAAUGUUGUGUACGAAACCACACCAGAGACUGACAUAGGGCUGCGAAAGUGGGCUGUUUUUGUCGCAUAG